AUGAACGCAGCCCGCUCCCACGCCCUGUCCCCAGCAUCAAUCGACAGCAACGACACUUGGUCACCCGUCACGCGCUACCAGAGCCUAGACAGCAGCUCCCCAUAUCCCUCCGCUCCUCCCAGUCGCAAUCGCAUCGAUACACCACCAACUUCCGUCCACACAAGCACCAGCACAACGGCUACAACAUCAGAUGGCGGUCUACCCAGCCACGGCGGCGUUGGGCCCCUCUCAUCGACCAACACCAAUCCCUCUCCACCUGCCUCUAUAGCCAGGUCCAGCGAUGCCACGGGCCGCUAUGCUCCCAGCGUCGCCGACUCGCGCGCAAGCACCAGCAAGAACAAACCGAUACAGGAAGAGACACUCUCGGAGCAUUAUCAAGUCCUCAAGCAGUACCUAGCACCAUAUCUUAGAGACGAGAAGGGUAAUCCGCGACCCAACCGCGCGCGAGACAAGCUGCUCAGGCUGAGCGCCGUACAAUUCCAAGAGUUAUCCACAGACGUCUACGACGAGUCAAUCCGGCGGGAAGAACAGCGUCGCGAGCGCGCAAACCGUCCAAUCGGUGCGCCAGAAACACAGGGCCAAACACCGAGCCACCUGUUGCCCAUACCCAAGUUUCAUCCGAAGCGCAACCAGGCGAGGCAGAAGCUUUCAACGCUCCCGCUCGAGAGAUUCAGACAGCUAGCUACAGACGUGUUCUUCGAGCUUGAGAGGAGAUUCCCCAGGUUCGCAGGCGGAGAGCCGUCACGCGCGCCCAGCCCAGCGCCAUCAACCGCCAGCAGCAAUCGCAGUGCGCCACGAGCGAACGGUGGGCCGCCGCCAGGAUGGCGAGGGCCGAGGCCGGGUGCAGGAACAGGCGCGGCGCCGCCGCCGCAACAGUAUCGGAAUGGACCGUCGCAGUCGCCUGGAGUUCCGGGCAGUCUGGCUAUUGGGGAAGGCACAGGUCAAGGGAGCGGGAAUGUGUAUGGGCGUCCGCUACCGAAGACGUUCCAGAGUAACACGAUUGUGCCGAACAAAAGUACGAUGGUUGAAGAUGAUGACAGCGUGAGUGGUGCAGAUGAGGAGGAGGAUGCAAGGAGUGACGCUUUUGGGCUGGAGACAGACGGUCAGAGGAACAGCGAGCUUGCGGCGUUGAGUCAGGAGAAAGAGAAGGAGCUUGUGGAGUUGCGGGAAAAGGUCGCUGGGUUGGAGGGGAAAGUAGGAUCGCUGGAGGCCACAAUGAAAGACAAGGAUGAGGAGGUAGAAAGGUUGACAACGCAGGGCAAGAACCAGGAGAGUGCAAGUGAUGCGGAGAAAGAGCAGUGGAUGAGCGUACAGCGGGGGUUGGAGAGUAAGUUGGCGGAGGCGCAAAACCUCAACGCGUCGCUCCGCUCCGAGAUCGACAAGCUGCGUAGUGAAUCCUCGGCCACGCAACGAGACCUUCGCGCUCAGAUUGAGGAAGCUAAACGGAUUGUAAUCCCCGCUCCGGCACUCCCUGCUCCAGCGCCUCUUGUGGAAGGCGACUGGCAAAAGCGCUAUCUGGAGCUGGAGCGCGAGCUGUUCGAACAGCAACAGGUCACCGAGGACGUCCGCCGUGAGGCCUCGCAGUUCCUUGUCGAGAUGCGCGCCCUGUCCGAAAGAAGCGAUGCAGCCUUCGAAAAGGAGGAGAGGCUUCAGCACAGAGUGAACUCCCUCGAAGAAGAGCUCCAGCAGUGGAAGUCCCGGUACGCCAAAGCGAAGACGCAACUGCGCACUCUGCGCGCCUCCUCCGUGGGAUUAUCAUUGCAGAACCCAACAUCAUCGCUCUACAUCCGAGAUGGUAGCCUCAUGGGGAUCAACGGACUAGUGAAGGAUGUCCAUGUGACCAAAUUCCAGCUCAGUAUCGACGAGCUUCUCCAAGCGGCUCGGCAAUCGAAUGCCCAAGCUGUGCUGGACUGUAUGAAGACAGUCGUCGUUUGUGUCCGAAAUAUCACCUCGGACGUAGAUACCGCAGACUCCUCCCGCUCGAGCAUGGAGAGUACUGAGACGCCAAGAAGCCACACCAAGCUCAAGGCGAGGGUUAGCGCGACGGCAAAUAACCUUAUCACGGCCUCGAAAAACCACGCAGCCGCUUCAGGUCUCUCGCCGGUAUCGCUGCUAGACGCAGCCGCGUCGCAUCUCACCACCGCAGUCAUCGAGCUGGUCAGGACCGUCAAGAUACGUCCCACACCUGCCGAAGAGUUGAACCACGACGAGGAUCAGGGAGAGAAGGGAUAUUUCAGCUUGGCCAAUGGCAUCAGCCAUCUACGCGAAGCAAGCACGACCAGCGCCGGCUCCUCGGCUGCGGGCUACAGCACCAACAGAAGCUCUGUCGAGCUUGGGUCAGCGGCGGUGGCGCCUGUGUCAAACGGGGUGCGCAAGAUUCAGGGCCACGACAGCGAGCUACAAGACUUCAAGAACUUCCUCACCAACCAAACCACCCACCUGAUCACCACCCUCACCCCCCUCGAAACCGCCAUCCGCGCAAACCCCUCCACCGAAGAAGAAGAAAAUCUCAUAAACGCCCAAAUCGAACAGAUCGCCCAGCUGCUCCUCUCCAUCUCCACAGCCACCCACGACGCCACCUCAUCUUCGCACAUCGCCGCCUCCGAGAGAAGCGCCUUGGAGAAACACACUCUGCCGGUUGUGAAUGUGCUCGAGGAUUGCAGGAUGCAGCUUAUGGAUGUUGAGGAUGUGGAUGCGGUACUGCCGAUCACGUUUAGGGUUAGUAGGGCGGUUACGGAGAUGGGGAAACGGGUGGAGCGGGUUGUUGGGGGGAGACUGACGGCGGGGAUGACGCUUUCGGUAGACUUGUGA